GACGCACUAGCAGCCUAUCACUGACGUGACCUCGGACGAUGUCGUCUGCAACGGUGGACCUAACCCAACAGCUAGUACAAGCACUGUGAUCACCGUUCAGGCCGGCUCCCAGGCGACCCUCACAUGGCGCCACACUCUGACCUCCGGACCCAGCGAUGUCAUUGACUCCAGCCAUAAGGGUCCCGUGAUGGCGUACUUGAAAAAGGUCUCGGACGCGAAGACCGACACUGGUGUCGGAAGCGGCUGGUUCAAGAUCGCCGAAGACUCCUUCGACGGCACAACAUGGGGCGUUGACCGCCUGAUCACCAACCAAGGCAAGCAAACCAUCACGAUACCCGCGUGCAUCACGCCCGGCCAGUACCUGCUGCGCGGCGAGCUGAUCGCUCUGCACGCUGCGGGUAGCUACCCCGGUGCGCAGUUCUACAUGGAGUGUGCGCAGAUAAACAUCACCGCAGGCAGUGCGAGCAAGACCCCUGCUACGGUCAGCUUGCCAGGCGCGUACAAGGGAUCAGACCCUGGAAUCACAUACAACCUUUACAGCGGACAGAAGACGUACAAUGCACCCGGACCUUCAGUGUUCAAGUGCUAGGUGCCUUGAGCGUGGGGAAUCAAGGUGGCUGGAAUGGUAGAAAUCUGUACAAAAAAAGACACUAUCGUAUCGAUAAAUUCUGACAAAGCACAAUACCCGCGGUCCCGAGUACGAGUUCCUGCGGGAAUUGAAGUGUAUAAGAUAUUUACGUCG